CUGUUUUCUCUAUUUUGUUUGCCGGUGAUUUCAUUCGAAUGCGCGAGUGUUGCGUGUUCACGGGGCGAAUACUCUACGGAUGUCUGUGUGGGUGCAUAUUCCAAGUGCCGGCUGUUGGCUUUAUUUUGGAGCUACCAUGGCAACCGUUGCUAAAGAAACACAUUUUAAGUAUGUUUUGGUUCAUGUCGGAAAAGUCCAGCUGCAUUGUAGAACAAACCUAAAAGGAUGACACUGUAUUUCGACACGAAAAUAGAGUUCCUGGACUCGGAUGCAGUUAGCACCAUCAGCAGUUGGCAUCCCAGUGAGCCGCUCUUCGCAGUGGCCUCUUUCAGUCCCGAAAGAGGCGGCUCCGUUACCAUCUUUGCGGAUACGGGUGAACCCCAGCGCGACGUAACCUAUCCGGUGCACGCCUCCUCGCAGGCAACUGCCCUAUGCUGGCAUCCGGAGAAGGCGCUCCUGGCCAGUGGCUGGGAGCACGGGGACAUCCACGUGUGGUUCGCCGGCCACCGGGAGUUCGCCAGCGUGAACGCACCCCACAAGGCGGCCAUUGUCCUGCUGCAGUUCAGCGAGCAGGGAGGACGGAUGGUCACCGCGGAUGCCAUGGGGCUGGUCACCGGAUGGCGCUGCGAUGGUCAGUACCAGUUCCUGACCAUGUUCUCCCACGAUCUGCGGGAGGUGCUGCUUCUGAUCUGCUUCCGGCGAACGGUGGAGAGCGAGGUGCGCGAGGAGAUGGCCAAUCUCGCCAAGGCAGCGGUGGCCGGCGACGAAAACGCCCUGGACACCCUGACCAACUGGAGGCCGCGGACUGCCGCCCGGAGCAUGACCCACUCGGGAGUGAGGGACAACCACUGCUUCUACGCCUGCACUCAGGGAGGAGUGGUGUACUACAUCAACCAAGGAGGCGCCUGCGUCGAGGUGAUGAAGUGCGGGUCCCUGCCGCCCAUUGUCCAGAUGUUGUGGCACCCCAAAAAAGAUGCAGUCAUUUGCCUGAUGGAGGACCUUACAGUCACUCUGUUUUUGGUCGAGUCCACCGGGAUUCUCACGGAGCUGGAUCGCGUGAAGAUGAGCGGAAGAGGAGGAGGUCGGCAAGGAGGAAUCGCUUGGUCUGGAAACUCCCUUGCCAUCAUCACAGGCGAUCUCUUUGUGCGCAUUUGGGACAUCGAAAGAAGUGACAACUACCUUCUGAAAAUGGAUCUGCCCAGUGGCAACCAGUUGGCUGCAUCCCUGACCAGUCUAAGCAAUGGAACCAUGUCCUCGUCGAACCAGUUCUUCAGCCACGACAGCAGCGAGAGCAGCAGUGUGCCCCGCAAGACGCCAAAGUACGGUCAGAUGAACGGAGAAAUCUUCACCUGCCUGGCCUACAGCUCCACGGGUCAGACCCUGUGUGCGGGAACCUCUCAGGGGAAUCUCUUUACCUGGAAAAGGAGUGGCACCCGGUUUGUGAGUGCCCCUGAGGAUGCCUGGCAGCUGACGAACAUAUCCUCGGUAAGAGGAGCCAUCCGGAGCUGCGAGUGGGGAUUCAAUGAGCUGGCCAAACCCUGCAUGCUGGUCAACUGUCUGUCCAAUGUGUUCAUGCUGAAGGAGCAACCUUUUCUGGCAGUGCAUACCCGGGAGCUCUGGGCAGUUCAGAGGUCGGCCAAAUCGGUGCAGUUGACGCACUGCAGCGGUCGGGAGACCACUGUUCAGUCGGAAUUCGCAGUAACUGCUAUGGCCUUAAAUGAACUGAGUCUGGUGAUGAGCAAUGGCAGGAGCAUAUCAUCCUACAGUCUGCAGAAAGUGGAAAAGAGCCUGGAUGAGUUUGACGAGAUCCUAGAGAACGUGGAGGGCGCAGCUCCGCCCACAACGGCAUCCACAGCCACUCCUUUGAGUGUGAAGCUUCUGCAGACCUUCCCCGCCGAAUGUCUGUGCUUGAAUCUGUACAAUCAGAACAUAUUUUGCCUGUCGAGCAGUGAUGUAAUGGUCUACUCCGUGGGAGGAGUGGUGCUCCACCGGAUGCAGGCCAGCGAUAUUGAAGGGAAAAUCAUCGGGAUGGAUCUGAGUGGCUGCUAUCUCUCGGUUUUUACCAUGAAUGGUUAUGUUAAAGUCUACGAUGUUUCCCGUCACGAUCCCAAGCUGCUGUUUCCAAGCAAGUCUGGUCACGACAUCUUCGAUGACUUCGGGGAGUUCAUCCUGGUCAAGUGCAACAGUUUGGGAAGCCACUUGGCCAUGGUGAUAGCCAGUAGUAACUUCACCCCCAUAUCGGCAUUAUUCUGCUGGGAUUUUGAGCGCAACAACCUAUUUGAUUAUGGUUUACUGGAGCAAGAAACCAGCUCUAAGAAGGAGAUCUCCUCAUCCAGUCUGCCGGUUCGGAUCUUCUGGGAUGCAGAGGAACCACGACUCUUAGCAGUGGAGGUCAAGUCUAUGAUGCAGAAGAGUGCACCUCAGAAGAACUCCCCUCAACCCAUUCAUUUCGUUCAGUCGAAGAUAUUACUUUUAUUUUACUCGGAGAAAGGAAGCCUCAAUCUCCUGGAAAAUCAACCCAUGAGCCCAGGCUCCCAGUUGCUGAACCUAUGUGUGCCCAACGUGAUCCGGCUGAAGAUCAAUGCGAUGGAGGAGCAACCUCUUCAGGAUUUCGUGGAUCUACAGCAAUGCGAUCCAGUUACGAGGAAGCAGGUCCUGAACUUCAGUCUCUAUGUGGCCGAAGGAAACAUGGAUCUGGCCUACCGCAGCAUUCGCUCCAUUCAAUCCAAAGUGAUCUGGACUAAUCUGGCCAAGAUGUGUGUUCACACAAAUCGCCUAGAUGUGGCCAAAGUGUGCAUGGGCCACUUGGAGCAAGCCCGAUCCGUUCGAGCUCUUCGGCAAGCCAUCGAAGAUGAUGAUCUGGAAACUGAAGCAAAGGUAGCCGUUUUGGCCAUCGAACUGGGGAUGAUUGAGGAGGCCAAGGAUCUCUAUCGCCAAUGUAAGCGGUUCGAUUUGCUCAACAAACUUCUUCAGUCCAUUGGUCACUUGGAUGAGGCACUCCAGCUGGCCGAGACCGAGGAUCGGAUUCAUUUGAAGCACACUUACUACCAGAAGGCACAGGAGCUGCGGGAACGUGGCGAUAUCAAGGGAGCUCUGGAAUUCUUCGAGAAGACGCAGAACCCGGCGCAGAAUAUCACCCAGCUCCUCUUGGAGAAUCCGACGGCCAUGAAGCGCUACAUCCAGACCACAAGCGAUCCCAAGCUGCUCAAGUGGUGGGGCCAGUAUAUCGAGAGCUCUGGGGACAUGGAUGCUGCUUUGGCUGUCUACCACAAGGCGGAGGAUUGGUUCUCGCAGGUGAAGAUUCUUUGCUACCUGGGCAAGAUCUCCAAAGCAGAUGCCAUCGCCAGGCAAUCGGGAGACCGAGCUGCCUGCUAUCACCUGGCGAGGCACUACGAGAAUGUCGGCAAGUUCCAGGAGGCCAUCAUGUUCUUCACGCGUGCGCAGACCUUCAGCAAUGCGAUUCGCAUUUGCAAGGAGAACGAUUUUCAGGAGGAGCUGUGGACAGUGGCCAGCUCAUCUAGGCAAAGGGACAAGGCAAUUGCAGCUGCCUAUUUCGAGGAGUGCGGGAACUUCAAGCAUGCCGUGGAACUCUACCAUCGGGCUGGGAUGCUUCAUAAAGCCCUGGAGAUGGCCUUUGAAUCCCAGCAGCCGGAGAUCCUGGAGAUCAUUGCUUCUGACCUCGUACCCGAGUCUGAUGCCGAGUUGAUAAACCGCUGUGCAGACUUUUUCUGCAGCAUCGAGCAAUUUCAGAAGGCUGUGCAUCUGCUGGCCAAGACCAGGCACCUGGAGAGAGCUUUGAGCAUAUGUUUGGAGAAGGGCGUGCCCGUAACAGAAGAACUGGCCGAGAUGCUCACACCGGAGAAGGGCGAGUUCGAGGAGGCCACGCGGGUACACAUCUUGGUCCAGUUGGGUGAGCUCCUGCAGCAGCAGGGUGACUACCACAGUGCCACUAAGAAGUUCACCCAGGCUGGGGACAAAAUUCGCGCCAUGAAGAGUCUUUUGAAAUCGGGAAACACGGACAAGAUUGUUUUCUUUGCCAAUAUGUCCAGGCAACGAGAGGUCUACAUCAUGGCAGCCAAUUAUCUCCAAGCAUUAGACUGGCAAUCGAAUGCCCAGGUGCUCAAGCAUAUCGUAACCUUCUAUACCAAGGGCCAGGCCUUUGAUUCCCUGGCCAACUUCUAUGCGAUCUGCGCCCAGAUCGAAAUCGAGGAGUUCCAGGACUACGGCAAGGCACUGACCGCCAUGCAGGAGGCCUCCAAAUGUUUGGAGAAGCUCAGCCACGCUCAGCACGUCUAUAACAAUCUGCAGCGCACUGUGGCGGAUGUCAAGGCGAUCUUGGAGAUCCAGCAGGCGUUGCGGGAAGGCGAUCACCAAAUGGUCAUUGGAUCCUGCCGCAGCAUGCUAAUUAAACCGGAACUGCCGCCCAUCCGCCACGCCCACAUCCUGUCCAUGUUGGUUCGAGCCCUGGUCUACGCCAAAGACUAUUCCGAGGCUGGAAAAGCUUUAAAGCAGCUGGCCGUGAAGGACAGCUCGUGGAGCGCCUCUGGACUCCUGGAUCGCGGCAUUGUGCUUAAAAUUGCACAGGAAUGCGACUUGGAUUUCGAUCUCAUCUGGAAUUCGGGACGCCAGGUGACCGCCUCCACCAGCGGCACCGCCGCCGCUGGAAUGAGCAGCACCUCGGUCAUGACGACGAGCGAGGAUGACGGGGCCGAUGACGAGGAGAUCACAGAGGAGCUGCAUUAGAUGAUUCAGUUUAUGGGCGAUGCAGAACUAGUCACAGCCCUGUUUAUUCCGCAGAGCGUUCAAAACGUAAAUAAGCUAAACAAACGCCAUAAAAAGCUACUGCAUAUUCAAACCAUAUUGCAAGUGAAGAACCGUGAGAUCCCAUCUAUAAUUCCCUAUAAUCGGAUUUAUUCCCAUUGCUAACGGCAUUUCAAGACGCAAAACUCCCCUUAUAACUAAGAUCUAGUGGUUAUUUAAUAAUUCAUCAAUUAUAAUGAUCUCUGGUAUGUUUUGGGAGUACAUGUCGCGCGUUUGCGCCCAUCACAGUCCACCAGAACUACACGGAAUACUUCUGAAAAAAUGUAUUCUUGCAGAAUACUUUCUUGCAGGAGUUUCCAUGUGUUCUGGUGGGAUGUAAUGGACGCAUCGGGUGAUAUGUACACCACGAACAUGCGACAAUUCUGUGAAGAGCCGUGAGAUCCCAUCUAUAAUUCCUUAUAAUCGGAUUUAUUCCCAUUGCUAAAGGCAUUGCAAGACGCAAAUCUCCCCUUAUAACUAAGAACUACUGGUUAUUUAAUAAUUCAUCAAUUAUAAUCUCUGGUAUGUUUUGGGAGUACAUGUCGCGCGUUUGCGCCCAUCACAGUCCACCAGAACUACACGGAAUACUUCUGAAAGAAUGUAUUCUUGCAGAAUACUUUCUUGCAGGAGUUUCCAUGUGUUCUGGUGGGAUGUAAUGGACGCAUCGGGUGAUAUGUACACUACGAACAUGCGAGAUCCCAUCUAUAAUUCCCUAUAACCGGAUUUAUUCCCAUUACUAAAGGCAUUGCAAGACGCAAAUCUCCCCUUAUAACUAAGAACUACUGGUUAUUUAAUAAAUCAUCAGUUAUAAUAAUCUCUGGUAUGUUUUGGGAGUACCUAUCGCGCGUUUGCGCCCAUCACAGUCCACCAGAACUACACGGAAUACUUCUGAAAGAAUGUAUUCUUGCAGAAUACUUUCUUGCAGGAGUUUCCAUGUGUUCUGGUGGGAUGUAAUGGACGCAUCGGGUGAUAUGUACACCACGAACAUGCGACAAUUCUGUGAAGAGCCGUGAGAUCCCAUCUAUAAUUCCUUAUAAUCGGAUUUAUUCCCAUUGCUAAAGGCAUUGCAAGACGCAAAUCUCCCCUUAUAACUAAGAACUACUGGUUAUUUAAUAAUUCAUCAAUUAUAAUCUCUGGUAUGUUUUGGGAGUACAUGUCGCGCGUUUGCGCCCAUCACAGUCCACCAGAACUACACGGAAUACUUCUGAAAGAAUGUAUUCUUGCAGAAUACUUUCUUGCAGGAGUUUCCAUGUGUUCUGGUGGGAUGUAAUGGACGCAUCGGGUGAUAUGUACACCACGAACAUGCGACAAUUCAGUGAAUAAUAGAAUGAUACAAUAACAUGACUGGCAGUAUUACGCCCUAGGGGAAAGCACCCAUUUGUAAAUGAACCUGUAAGCUAACGUAACCCCGUUCAAAGUUCUAAAACAAAACUGAAUGGAAAAUAUACAUAUAUGGAAAUAUUUCACCAGGUUGCUCACAGCACCUCAAGCCCCAAGCCCCCUUGACCCAUUUGGCAUUUUAUGAAUGAAUUGUACGAUAUACGAGGCCCUAGUAAAAGCUUUCGGUACAAAAACACCGCGUUCAAGUGACGUACGUCACAUCAAAACAAACACAAACCGCGAUAUGGAUUUGGAUCGGCAUAUCUGCCGGCGCCAGUGGAAAAGAGAAAGAGAGCGGCCCGUCAGAUUGGAUCGCAUGAAUCACUUGCCCAAAAGCGUUCUCUCCUCAGCUAUGAAAUCAGAAGCGUUUCCAGGAAGUCCGCGGAACUCAAACAAAUUUAAAAGUAAUUGCAAGCUGAUAUGAACGAAAUCUAAAAACGUCACCGUAAUAAGCACGUCAAUUUGAUUAUACUUUGAUUUACAAAUAAAUUA